AUGUCCAUAUACGAGGUUGACCGGGACGCCGACGCCUUGAUCAUCCUGUCAAGGUCCAGUGGUGAUGACAGCCAGGACGAACCGCCAAAGCUUUCCGUGAGCCCAGCCAAGGCGUGGCGGUUAGCGAACGGCACUUCCAACCAUGGAUCGCCCGAUUUACGAAUCAAAGUCUCGUCAAAGCACAUGAGCCUGGCGUCUCGAGUCUUUAGAAGCCAGUACGGUUGGGGCGGGCACGACAACUCCGACGCCAUCCAGCCCGACGGUCGCGUCCACGUCAAGCUGGACGGCUUCGACUCCACCGCCGUCAAGAUUGUGUUGGAUGUCAUCCACGGCAGAGGCCUCCGGGUGCCCAAAUCGCUGGACUUGGAGACGCUGGCGAAGGUCGCCUCGUUUGUCGACGCGUUUCAAUGCUACGAGGCCGUUGAAGCGUAUGCCGACAGAUGGAUUAGCCAGCUUGAAAAGUCAAAGCCCAUCUCAGUUAAAUCGGAUAGGGAACUGGCUCUUUGGGUCUUUGUUGCCCACGUCUUCCGACAGCCCGAAUUAUUCAGGGCUGCUACGCGCACGGCAAUCUCUCAGAGCACGGGUCCGAUCGAUCUGUUUGGCCUUCCGAUACAGAACAAUGUCAUCAAGGGCAUAGACAAACAGCGGCAGGAACUGAUAGGCAAGGUCCUUUCAAGUCUCCAGAGCUUGGUCGAUGACUUGCGCGACGGUCGAGCUUCCUGCCCCGUGGGGUGCGACGCGUUUCUCCUCGGCACACUGAUCCAGGCCCUGCACCAGUGGAAGCUGUCGAAGCCGUAUCCCGGCAUCAGCUUCGGCGCAAUAACCCAGGCAGUCCGCGAUCACCAGACUCGGGUGUGGUACAUCGGGGCACCGACGCCGCCCAAGUUGGGUGAGGGGAAGGAGAGGACGGGGGCGGAGACGGUGACAUCCGGGGCUGCAACAGCACGCUUUGGAGCACAUUAUUGCGGGAUCCGGAGUCUUGUUAAUCCCAAGCUAUAUGCUCUGGAGGUGUCUAUUCGUGGUCUUGACUUGAAAAGCUGA